UCGCGACCCCGGGUCCCGGCAGUGGCGCGCGCCGGCCCUCGCGGAGCACAGGACACGAAAGCCGGGCGGGCAGCGGGAUGGGGAUAAAGGUUGGAUUUUAAGGCGGGGGCAGCUCCCGGAACGAUGCUCUGGUCGGGAGGUGGAGUGCCGGCCGGUGGGCGAGUGCACCUUAUUCUGCACCCCUGCGCCCGCCUCGGGAACUGCACGCGGCACCCCCACCCGCGACUCCCACGCAGACGGUAGCGCGGCCUGCAGGGUUCCCCCGGCGGCCGCGGCCGAUGGUUCGCUCCGCCCCGCCCACACACAGGCCGCCCACUGGCUCCUGCGAGGUUUCAGGACUCCGGAGGAAGGGGCUUGGCCUUCGCCCUAAGACUUAAGGGUCGGGGGCGUUGUCUUCAAUUCUGCCCCCCCCCCGCCCCCGCCCCCAGACCCAGACUGGGUCCCUGACUUGUCUCUAGGAAGCCGGCUCCCCUCUGCCUUCAGACCUGGGGAGAGGUCUCUACUUCUGCUCUCAGACUCUGAAAAGGGGCUUCUGAAGGGCUUGGUCCGACCUCAGGUCCUCCCCCUCCCCC